AUGUUGCAACCGAACGGAUCCGAAACACAACAACAACAACAGCCUAUUCAUAAUUCUCUCCUUCCACAUCGAUCUCAUCCUCUUUUAAAUCAUUUUAUUUAUAAUUAUAAUAUUCAAAUUUUAAAUAACCAGUCAUCUUCGUUGUUGAAUUCUUCUAAUUUUCCAUCCUCCAUUGAUGAAUAUGAAACUCUCAAAUCACAAUUACAACAAGAAUUAGAUCAACAUUUACAAUCAUUGCAAGAACAUGAAGAAAGUGCCUAUCAACAAGAAAAUAAUGUUAUUUUUGUGAUGGACGAAUACUUGUCAUGUCUUUCCAUGUCAGUUUCAAAAUUAGUUUGUAAAUCCAGUGAAUGGAAUCAACACAAUGAGAGUGUACUCAUUCAACAAGUGAAAAACUAUAUAGAUGAGAAGAGUGGUUUAUUGCGUUUGGAAAGUGUGGAAUUCAAUUCUCAACAUGAAGAAAUCAUAAACGAUGAAGGAUUUCCUCUUUUUAAUCUCUCUUCAGACAAUGAACGAUUCAUAACAACACCAUCAUUGGAAGUGAUAAAUUCUACUAGUGAAACUAUGAAUUCUACAAAUAAUCAUCAACAAGUAUUAACUAGUAACUUUGUACAGGCAUCGAUCAAACUUCGAGAUGUAUGCAAAGCUUGUUUUCUCAUUGAAAAGAAUUUUGGGUUAAUUUCUAUUCUAUUGGAGAAUAAGGAUCAAAACAACUUGUAUCAAAGUGAACGAGAAAAUAUUUUAAGGGAUUUACAACUCUGUCAACAACCUGUAGAUUCUCUCAAAUAUUUACAACAAAUUUAUAUGGAAAAUCCAAAAAUCAAUAAUUAUGCUAUAUUCAGUUUUUUAUCAACUCUAGUGGAACAUUUAAUGACAUCCAUUGUAUAUUCUGUUUCAAUUCAAGAAUAUGGUAAACAAUCCAAUGAAAUUGUCAUUCCCGUAACUUUGACAGAAAUUUUGGAAUGUGAAGCAUUGAAAAGAGUCAUUCCUUUGAAAUUAUUAAAUUGUAUCAAGGUGUUUAUGGGACCACCAAAAGGUCUCAAUUUGAGAAAUGUGUUGUAUCAUGGAUUUCUAGAUGAGAGUGAACUUCAUGAAUGUUAUUUAAAUUUUUUAUGGAAAAUUUAUUUCACAGCAUGUAGACACGUGGCUCUCUAUUAUUCAUGUCAUGAUGAGAAGAGAGAUACAAACAAUGAUCAUUCUCUUCCCAACAACAGCAAUACUGUAGUACCAUCACAGGAAUAUGAAUUUAGAAAAAAAUUUAUGUUGAAACCAAGAAAUGAUAUGAGUGGUGAAGAAUUUUCACAAUUAUUUGAAUAUCAAAAAGGUCUAUUGUUAUACAUGCACUCUCAAGAUGAAUCUAUGAUUAACCAUAUUCUAGAUUCAUCCUAUUUUGUUAUUCCUACUCGACGUAGAAUUAUUGGAAAUGCAUUUCGAUUUCUUAAAAAAGGAAUUACAGAAAAAAGUCAAAUUGAUCUACAAUUAUCCUUGUGUUUAUUGUUUCCACAAUUUGAAUCCGCUCUGAGAAGACUCUACGUUGCAGGAAAUGAGAAAGUUGAUGAAAGAACUUGGUGCGCUCAAAACGAAGAAUUUUUUAGUACUCUUGAAGUUAUAUUUGGAAACCAUUUAGAAACCUCAAUAUAUAGUGAUACCAUAUUAGGUGUGAAUAAGAUGACUUCCACAUCUACGAAUGCAGUAGCUACUAGUGUCAGUGAACAAGCUCGUUUAACACCCAAUGAGAUAUUCAAUAUUUUACAUGAGAGUGUUGGAGAUUGUUUGAUGGAUUCCUUCAUAUUUUAUGGAGGACCCAGAUUGAGAGACAAAAUUGCUCAUUGCCAAGUUCUCAAUCAAUUGAAUCCUCAAUUAGUUCAACAUUAUUUUCUAAUAUUUUUAGUAUUAUGUGUACAACUUUCACACAACAAGAUGGAAUUAUUCUCAAAGUGUGAAGACUCUUUCAUGAAACAUUCGACCAAUGAAAUGAUGAAUGAAAACACUUGUUCCUCCCAUGCCUCGUCGCUCUUUCACACGAUGCAGCAUUUUCUGAAUAGAUCUACUCCAUCGUAUAGUUUUUAUGAUAUUCGAACAAAAUUCAUUCGAGUAUGGAACCAAUUGCGAACAAAACUCAUGGACACUCAUUCCUAUUAUAUUUGUAAAAAUUAUGACGACAGUGAGAAUGAAACCAAUGUCAAUACUGUUGUUAAAGAAUUGCAAGAUUAUACUUGUGUCAUGAAUAGAGAAGGAUUCUCACUUUCCAAGAAUUUAAAUCAAGAAGAAAUGCUACAAGAAUCCAAUCUGGAUGAAUCCAAACUGAAUGAAUUAAUUUUAAAAAUUGAAAAUAAUUUUAAAAAGGGAACUCCCAAGAAUGUCCAGUUCACUGUGAGAGAUUGUUGCAUGUAUUUAACCAAAAAGUAUCCAAACAUGACAUCCAAGCAUUCAAAUACUGAUUUGAGCUCCAUUCUCUUCACAAACAUUCCUCUCACAUAUUUUAACCAUUUUCACUAUCCAGGUCAACAAAUCAGUAAUAUUGAUAUUUUAGUAAGAAUUGUUGAACAUUUGGAAUCAGCAUUACAAGCCCUGCAAGACAGGUAUAAGGAGCACUGCAUAUUGAUCAAUGAACGAAAGGCGAGAACUCCCCAUCGUAAAUUCUAUUCUAUUUUGAUUCAAUCGAAACCACUCCUUUUACUCAUAUUUGAAUUUCUACUUGAACUGCUAGGUAUUCAAUUUGAUAUCAUCAAUAGAAAACACGCUAGCCCAGAGGAAGGAGAUGGUAAAAAGAGACUUACAUGGGUGUUGCAAAUCAUGACACAAGCGGAGAGAAUUGUUGGGCAAAUCAAGGAAGGAACGAUUGGUCUAUUGAAUUCAAAAUGGAUGGAAUUUAUGGUGAUGAGAGAGAAAAAUAUUUUAAACGAUCGAGCAAGCUACCUAUCGGACUGA